AAACAUGGGACCAACACUUUACAUGUUGCAUUUAUAUUUUUAUUCAGUGUACAUUUAAAUUGUGUUUUAAUGCAAUUUUGUCCCACCCUGCUCCAUUUCAAAUUUGGCUCCCAGUGUGUCUUUACUUCCGGGCUAUUUUGAUGCAAUUUGCAAUUCCUUCUCUGUAUGCUCCUAGGUCACAGUUAGUGAUGCAAUGGUAAAACAAUGGGUGGAUUAACGCUGAUUGUGGUGCAUUUACCCUCCACUAAACCACUGGUCAUAGUGUUUACAAAUAUGGCCAUUGGCCAAGGAUUUAUUCAGGGUCACACUAUCUCAUAUUCAGUAGGCAGCAAACAGAGAAGAUACAUGGGACCUAUUCAGGUUCAAAUGUUGCAGAUACAGGCUAAAUAUGAACUGACACAAUUACCUGUCAUUCUGCAUUACACACCAUAUGUAGGGGGCCCAAGACCGACCAUCGGUCCUUCAGUGGUCAACCAUCCUCCACAGUCCCCAUGGUGUGUUCUACACUUUGCCAGUAGGUGGUUAUGAAUCAUGGUCAAAUUUUCAGAUUCUAUAUGUCUUGGCUGACCAAUUCUUGUAGUCUGUUCUAGGCUAUACACUUCUGUCUGAAUGUCCUGCAAUAUUAUGUACUCCUGAAUUUAAGCCCCUGUGCUGUAACUAAUCAAUUUUGUGUACAGGCAGUCUUACCUCUUAAAUCCUGUAUGGAUAUGGAAGUUGGCGUAAAAUAUUUGCAAAAAUUGAAUCUAUGUCAUUGUGGUAUUCCAUCAGCACCUUAGUUGGUCUCACGUUUUUGCCAGAGAUGCCAAGUGCUUUAUAUCCCAUGGAAAUACAAUACAUUUCAAAUUGUUUUUAAUGGGAAUUAUAACGUCAAACUCCUGCGCAACUCUGUAUACGAUCCAUUUGUACAGUCCACUGAAGACUAGUUUAUGACGCGCGUGAACAAACCCUCUGAAUUGGUGCGUGGGAGGGGCAACACCGCAGUGCAUAGUGCUGUUGGACUGUACCGAGGAGAAUCAGCCAUUGAAAACAAAUUGUCGUUACAUACCUACAUAAAGAGAAAAGAUACGUAUUUGGAUGACACAACAUCGAUUAUGAUCAUUGUUGGCUAGCUGAUGGAAACGGACAUCUUUAGAAAUGUGCGCGAAUGUCUUUGGCGCUUUGAAAAGACACAUCACUGUGGAAUAGCAGCAGAGGAACCGCCUGCAAAUACAAUAUUUUGAGAGCCUCUCAAUCUGCAGUGUCUGGAUGCCGAUGGUGCAGAAGUUAGGCUACUGGUGUGUUCUUCUGAGCCAGCUUGAUCAUACCUGAGCCAGCUUGAUCUUAUUCAUUGAGUUUUCCUUCUGGAGUUUUUCUUGUUUGGAAAGCCCUUUGAUGGUGGAAAGAGGAUGGACCAUGGCAGCCAGCAGCAGCAGCAGCACCCAGCCAUGAUACGGCUCUAUGAGGUCCAGCGGGAGGUCCAGUCUCUGGGCCCUCAGGUGUGCACCUUCAGCGGGUUGAAAAACGAGCGGGAGUAUCGGCGGCUAGAGCGCGAGCUGACCCGGCUGCUCCUGGAGGUCGACCAGGUGGACACGGAGGGCAGGGCAGACCUACAGGGGGCACGCAAGAGAGCAGCCCAGGAGGUGGAGGGGCUGCUGCGCUACCUUGAGGAGAACGCCACCCACCCGUCCCGCCUGGCCAUCGAGGAGCUGAGCCGGGAGGCCCAGGGGCUAGUGGAGCAGGGGGUGGUGGAACCGCAGCGGGCCGGGGGCACAGCAGAGAUCAGUGAUGAGCUGGUGGAUGCCGUGCAGGAGCUGAUACUGAGGCUCACCCAGGUGAAGACAGGAGGGAGGGUGCCCCUCCGCAAGGCUCGCUAUCGGGCCCUGACACGACUGUGUGCCGUGCAGGACGUGAUCGAGGGGCGCACGCGCCAGCAGACCCUCCCCCUGUCAGAAGAUACACACGUGGCCGUGCAGAGGAUCAACCAGGUGAUGAUGCAGGUGAGUGGGGCGCGCAGCCAGCUGGUGGCACUGCUGAUGGGGCUGAGUGGGAGGGAUAGCUGUGCCCACCUGUCCCGCGUGCUCACUGAGCUCCUGGUGGAGCUGGAUGCCCUCGAUGUGUCGGGGAACGCAGCGGUCCGGAACUACCGCAAACAGGUGGUGGAGGAGAUCAACGGUCUGCUCAAACACCUGGACCUGGAGGGAGAGGGAGACGACACGCGCAGGUAUGACUUGGCGCAGAAUGACUCAAUCCGUCAGAUUGAGGCUGUGCGGGGUCGGGUGGGCCAGCUGCGCGGGGAGGUCCUGCGACACUGUGGGGUGGGUGACCUCUUCAGGCCCAAGCCUGAGCUCCAGAGUCUCCUCACACACCUGGACCAGGUGGACACGGCCCGUAACCCCUGUAUCCGUGAGGCCCGCCGACGUGCUGUGCUGGAGGUCCAGGCUGUCAUCACCUUCCUGGACCUCCGUGAGGCCCUGAUCUGCCGCCAGCCUGGCUCCAACGAGCCCCCACAACACAGGGCUGUGUGGAUGGUCCUGGGCAGCCUGUCAGACCUCCAGGCCCAGGUACUCUGCUUCAACGGCAAGCGGGCCGACAAGAGCUACAUAUUGCUUGAGGAGCUUCUAACUAAACAGCUGCUGGCCCUGGAUGCAGUUGACCCACAGGGUGAUGAGAUGACCAAAGUGGCCCGCAAGCAGGCAGUCAAGUUUGCCCAGAACAUCCUCAGCUAUCUGGACAUGAAGACAGACGAGUGGGAAUACUGAUCCACUGGAAAAGACUAUACAUAGCUGAAGUAUGCGUACGCCGACCUAUUAAAUUGUAUAUAUACAUUGGUGUAUCAUCACUCUAAGAGUUGGGGUCUGUACAUUUGGACUAAAUCCCAGAAUGCACUGCAGCAGCGCUUUUGGUCUCUUUGUUGUCAUUGUUGCUGGCCUGUGGGUAAAAACAACAACCCAAGAAACAUUUUGUGAAAUACAAUUUGGAGAAAAGUGUUAUGACGUGCUUUUGAAAGUUUAUUGAGCAUCUUUUUGAAAUCUACUGUAUGUGUAUGAGUUUUGAUCAGUGUUGUUGUGUGGUUGUAAAGCCUGCGGCCAAAAGCACUGAAGCCUGUUAUGGUGGUGGUCAGAGUAGUUAAGAUCCAGUCACGUCGUCUGUUUUUCUAAAGCAGGAUUGGGACUAGAGUAAUUACAUCUCAAUGGUAUCCAUGUUUUGCUUGACUACUUUGGAGGUCAGUUGUAAAUUAACUCAGCCAAACGAUGUCUGUGAUGUCUCAAAAUACUUCUUUACCGAGAUGAACAGAGAGUGUACAUCAGCACUGUGAGACAAGAUCUUCACCUGUUCAUUUUGCUUAUCCUCUGCUCUCUUUCUUCCUUUAAUCAACACUUCUGAGGCAAACUCCCCCAUAACCAUGGCUGGACACACCAGUCUCUGGCAACUGUUCAGGUGACAAAUGAAAAGGAGAGCUUCUUCAUGGCUUUACCCACUGUCCUCCAUGGGCAUGGAACUCAGUGAAGUUAAACGGCCUGUGAGAUCCUUUGUCAACUUGGAGGGUUAGUUAAAGGCCUAGUAAAUAAAGAAUGAAUAUUUGUAGACACGAUAAAUUACUAUGUUUGUCUGUAAUUUGUAGCUAAAUGUUGAUUGUGACUUGUGUGUUUGCGAGGCUAUAUCUUGUCUGCAUUGAAUUUAGUGAAGGGGAAAAACAGAGUGUGGAGGUGGUUUUGUUUUUGUCUGUGACUUUUCUAUUGUCAGAGGAGUAUGUCUGGGAGCCCUGGUGAGGGUCACUGAUUUUUACCUUACUAUUAUUAUAGCUGUUGACAGUGAUCACAGUGGACAGGGCAGUCUAAAACCGCUUCAGCAGAGGUAGGGAGCUAUUAGUAAAAAAAAAUCUGUCUCCCCCCCCCCCUUCUGGUGUUUUUAUCCCAUACAAAGCAACCCCCACCAUACUCCAGACACAAGCUAGGGAGGGACUGGCUGCUACCUUUUACAAAAGAAUCCUGAAUGCACAAAGACCAGAAAAAGCACUAAAUGGGUGACUGAGGAGCACCUAGGCUAUUGUUACCGUGAGAAAUGUGCACUUUUUACAAAUUUUCAGUAUUAUACCUCAACUGUUCGUAAAUAGACCCCUGUAUGCCUGGUAGAUAGCCCUAAGUACUAACAGAGCAUAAACAGUCCUCAGUUAACUCCCACAGAACUCCCAGACUCUCAACAUGACAGGGGUUAUUCAACCCUUCCCCUGCUGCUGUUGAAAAACAUAUGGCACAAAAACAGUGAAAUCCAGCUACACGGACAUGGGAUGUCUGACUCAUAAGUGAGAUAAUGAUUCGAUUAGACAGUGUUCAGCGUGGCCUUCAUGUAAUGGGUGUUUGUUCACACAGCAAACCUAAUGCUGUCUCAAAACAACCAACCCUGCCAGAUCAGAGGCUAACACUAGCUACUGUUAUAAUUCUCCUCUUGAUCUGCUCACGUACCAGUAGGUGUGAUUAUCAACACACAGUUGCACACAACCUUGCAAAAAUGGAACAUACCUCUUAUCUGAAAGCAAUGCAAGGUGUUCUAUCUGAACUACAUAUGCAUCAGUUGCAUCCAGUGUUUGAAAAUGCAUUGAACAUUUUAGGGGUAGAAUGUAUAAUUUUGUCAGUGAAGAAUACCAAAGCUGAUUUAUUUCAAGGAAACUUUUUUAUGUUCUUUACUCUGUGGUGGACCUUUUGGUUUGCUUAUUUUGCAAAUGGCAGGAAUGUGUCUGUGGGGUACAGUAUUAAAUGUUUUAAUUUGACGAUCUGUUUCUCCAGUCGCCUUUGACUAAGUGGAUUGUGACAGGCUCUGCUGUGUUUCUCAUACAAGAUGCACGUGUACAAACGCACACUGAGGUUUAAAUGAUGUGUGAAUGCUUCAAUAAUAGGUUUGUUUGACUUUUUAUUCCCACUCCAAAAUAAAUAAAAAAAGGUGUGUCCCGGA